ACUAUCCAUAUUUCUUUUUUCUUCAAAGAAACCGCGGAAAAGCGGCUUACUUUCAGUAGCAUAAAUAUUCAUUCAUUCACACUUCAUAUCUUCAAAUCGAACCAACAAAUCUCCUUCCAAAACAACAACUCACCCUCAAUUUUCUCACACAAAAGGUUAGAAUUAUUGUCAAACAGCUGAAUUCAGAUGAAUCAGAAUCUAUACGAUAUAAACCGUUUUACCGUUCAGACAUCCGAAUUCGGUAACUAUUCGCCUUCAACCGCCAGCUUUUCCUCAAAUGGCAGCACGGUUUCACAACAAGACUCUCACUCCCACGUACCAGACGCGUAUCACUCACCCGACUAUACUUACACCUCACACGUAACCAGAGCCGGUGUUACCGAUUAUGCAGAUGAUUUCGAAUAUAAACUGAGAGAACUAGAAACUGUUAUGAUGGGAACCGAACACGAUUAUAUGGAAUCGUUUGAUGGGUCGUCUUCUUGGGGUGUCGGUAAUCAAAGAACGUUAACAGAUAUUAUAUCUAGGAAAGAUGUUAAAGAAUUACUGAUUGCUUGUGCUAAAUCAGUAGCGGAAAACGAUACGAUAACCGCCGACUGGCUGAUGUCGGAAUUACGUCCGAUGGUUUCGGUAUCUGGCGAGCCGAUUCAUCGGUUAGGUGCUUACAUGUUGGAAGGGCUUGUAGCGAGAUUAUCUUCUUCGGGUAGUUCUAUCUACAAAGCGUUAAGAUGCAAAGAACCGACGGGUGAUGAACUCUUUUCGUACAUGCGUGUACUCUACGAAGUAUGCCCGUAUUUCAAAUUCGGAUAUUUAUCUGCGAACGGAGCGAUUGCGGAAGCUAUGAAGAACGAAAACAAGAUUCACAUAAUCGAUUUUCAAAUCGCGCAGGGCGGUCAAUGGGUAACCCUUAUCCAAGCUCUUGCGUCGCGGCCCGGUGGGCCCCCUAGCGUUCGAAUCACGGGUAUCGAUGAUUCCACUAACGCAUACGCUAGAGGUGGAGAAGUCAACAUUGUUGGUCAACGGCUCACGAGUUUGGCAAGGUCUUGUAACGUCCCGUUCGAGUUUCAUGGUGUAACGGUUCCCGCUUCCGAAAUUGAAAUCAAACACCUCGCGGUUAGACCCGGUGAGCCGUUAGUGGUUAACUUCGCGUUUAUGCUACAUCACAUGCCCGACGAGAGCGUAAAUCCUCAAAAUCCCCGAGACAGACUUUUACGAAUGGUAAAAAGUUUAUCUCCGAAAGUUGUUACACUCGUCGAACAAGAAUCAAACGUCAACACCGCCCCGUUCUUCAACCGAUUCCAAGAAACGCUAAACUACUACACGGCUAUCUUCGAGUCAAUCGAUGAAACUCUACCUAGGAAUCAUCAACAACGAAUCAACGUGGAACAACAUUGUCUUGCACGCGAUAUAGUGAAUAUUAUAGCGUGUGAGGGGGUGGAAAGAGUUGAACGACAUGAACUAUUAGGGAAAUGGAGGUCGAGAUUUACGAUGGCUGGAUUUACGCCAUACCCUUUGAGUUCAUCGGUGAAUUCGACCAUUAAAUCUUUGCUUCAGAGUUAUUCUGAAAAGUACAGACUUGAAGAACGAGACGGGGCUCUGUUUCUUGGCUGGAUGAAUCGCGAUUUGGUUGCUUCGUGUGCUUGGAGAUGAAGUAAAGUUUGUUAAGUUUUAGAUUAUAAGAUUAGCAUCCUUCCUUGUUGUAUAUUGUAUAAUGUGUUAAUUAAUAAAUUGUAUAUUGUAUGUUGUAAUGCAUAAAAAGUCCUAAAAUCAAUUAUACAAAUAUUUAGAUUCUUUA